CAUAAAAAACCCUUAAUAUAACACUUAUAUAUAAACUUGAACUCCUCCCUCCCCUGUAUAAUUUUUCUCUUUACCUCCUUACAUUAAAAUAUUUCCAAUACAUUAUUUUCAAAUAAAAGCUAUUUGAUACUUUCUAGUUUGAUAUUUGUUCUGAACAUAUUCUAUCCACCUUUUCCAUUCCCAUUCAUAAGUCUCUUGUGAACAAUCUUUUAAAUAUGCUGAAAUCUUCGCCAUCUCUGCAAAACUGGCCAUCUUCAAAGUCCAUUCCUCGAUAGUGGGCAAAGCUUCAUUCUUCCAGUAUUUACCUAUCAACAAUCUUGCUGCUGUUAUCAUAUACAAUAUCAAUUUUGUUUCACCCAAUGUAAAACCCUUAACUAUACCCAAUAAAAACAGUUGUGGAGAAAAUUGAAUUUUUUUCUUCAAAACAUUCUGCAUGACCCACCAUAUUUUUAUCCAAAAAGCCUUAACUUUCCUACAGGUCCACCAAACAUGAUAAUACGUAGCAUCCAAACAUUCACAUCUCCAACAUUUUGGCUGAACAUUAGGGUACAUACAUGACAACUUUUUGGGAUCUAAAUGCCAUCUAUAAAACAUUUUAUAGAAAUUUUCCCUCAGGUUCUGCGACUGUGUAAAUUUAACAUUCUGAACCCAAAUUUUUUCCCAUGUUUCCAACAUCAAUGGUUCUUCAAAAUUUUGUGCCCACUUAAUCAUACAGUCUUUAACUAAUUCGGUUUCUGAGUCCCUUUCUAGCAAAACAUUAUAAAGCCUUUUGAUAUGCAUUGGACCUUUCUCUCUUAUAUGUCUAACCAAUUCUUCCUCGUGCAACAUAAUACCAGUUUUUUGGUCCUCUUUCCAUCUCAAUUGUAAUUGAUUAUAUUGUAACCAAGUUAAAUUAAUCCCUUCGUCCAACAGUGUCUGCAAUGUCUUCAGCUGCCAUCUGCCCGCAUCUGUAAAAAGAACCUCUUUGUAUAAACCCCCCCCGAGUGACAUUAUAUUUGUAUUCCACAAGUUUUACCCUUCUCAAUGGGCCAUGGUGGUGGCUGUUACCACAGUGUUAAAUGGAGAGGUGGCAGAUUGGGUAGCCGAUUUGCAUAGCGAGCAUGCUAGAGAGCUAACAAAUGUAGGUAUGUUCCUGGAGGGUCUCAGGGACAGAUUUGAAGACGAAACUAGAACACAGGCUGCAGAAGGAGAGAUAGUGUCUAUUAAACAAUGGGGCCAACAUGCCAAGGACUAUGUCAAAGAGUUCAAAAAGGUUGUUGGUCGCUUAAGGGCAUGGCCUGAACGCCUGCUGGUUUACCAAUUUCAUAUGGGUCUCGACAGGGAGUUACGGCAGGCAUGUAUAUAUAGGGGUUUACCCCCUCGCCUUUCGAAAUGGUUCAAAGCGGCUGUGGAAUUAGAUGUUGGGUUGCAGGAGUUCAGAUCCUGAGGGGAGGGUAGAGUACCUUAUCAGCACAGGCCAUUUGAUAGGUUGCCAUCCCAGGGGUCUGGUGUCCCAACCAGACCCGUAGUGGGAACAGACAGAUCAAGUCGGAGGACGGUUUUCCGGUGUUUUCGCUGUAACCAGCUGGGCACCGGGCAGCUGAAUAUCCCAUACCACCACCAAAGAUGCCAGGACUGCAAACCCCUACUGCCAGGGAGAAAUCCAGGUCAACAUCGGAAUGAACACGACUAGCUGCUCACGUCAUCCCCGUCAAGGGUACUACUCCAGGGAAGGAUGGUGAAAACCCCGCUGAGGACGGGGGAGACCGAUUACCGGAGGAGCAUGAUGGGAGUGAUGAGGACGAUCCAAAUGAUCAGAUGGUGAGCAAUCCUGUAUGGCCGUUCAUAAUCCCGGUAGUGCUCCGGAAUACACGCACAAGGAGGGCACCUGGUAGGGAGGCCGUCUGUCGAGCCCAGUUGCAGCUUGACAAACUUUCCGGAGGGAGAGGCAUUCCAGUGACGUCCCUUGAAUCCAUGUUAGAGAGGGAUGGCUACACAUUAUUCGGGUUAGAGGUGGUGGCGAGAUAUUUUUAAUUAAUGGUGAUGGUGGUCGCUAUGGGUUGCAUUCAGGCUGCGGAACAGGUUGAUAUAUCAGGGGAGUCACUUCUACGAAGCUAUGAUGAUGAACGCAGAAAUGAAAGGAGCGAAGUAAUUCGAGGACCGCUGCAGCCUGCCAAACCAGGAUCAGCUGAGAAGCGCUAAUGGGGGUGGGGCGUGGUUGGCGUGGCAUAUUCAAAAAGCGCUGAGGAACAGCAAUGCUCAGCGCUGACUUUGCACUAUUUGUACUUGGUUCUUACUGAUGCCCGGUUGUUGUGGAUUAAAACAUUGACUCCCUAAAACUGUGUUCGGUUUGAUGCUUCAACGAGGAACCGCCCAAAACACAGAUCACAAGAGCCGAGAUUAAUCUCUGUUCCUGAAAAGAAGCAGGGUUCAGAAAUCUGAUUCCUGUGUCUAUUUGUGUCUGGCAAUUGGUUUAAAAAGGAACAGCUAUUGUGUUUGCUCUUUUGCUACAUUCUAGCUCUAAUUGCUUUCUUUGUAGUUAGGCUUAUCUCAAGUGUUUACACUUGAGCUUGCCUGGGAUGUGAGCUCUGGCAAUGAACCAGACAAGGCUUGUGUUUUAGUUUUAAAAGGAUUUAAACUGUUGUGUUCUCCAGCGCGCUGCUUGGAGAAUCCAAAGCAUGGGUUAUUCAAUAUCUAUUAGCCAGAGACUGAGUGAGUGUUUCUUUAAAUUUCUUAAGACACGCCUCCCUCGCUCGGCUGAGCUUCAGUUUCAUUCACUCAGUCGAGCUAGAGAAGCUGCUUAAUAUUGCUCUGGACAAUUAAUGGACAUUUCUUGACCCACAAUUUGGAUUCUUUUCAUAAUUUCUCUUUGUUUGGAGCUGCAUCGUUGUUCCUUUUUGUGUAUUGAGGACUUUGAUCUGAUUUGCCUGAGUGUGAUUCUCCUCAGUUGCCAACAGUGGUGAGUCAUUCCUGGGGCUCCAGGUCGACCUCUGCCGCUCAGGUUCAUCUCUGCAGCGUAGCGGAGCUCUCUCCUUCAGGACAUCUCCCUCUGUUGUCACCUCUGAUGGCAUGUGUGCUGGUUUCCUGGCUUGCCGGCACAACCGCCACCACAGAUGGCUUAAGGACGGAGGACCAGAAGCUUUCUGCAAAACUUACCAAGCCACUGCCUGGGCCAUCAAAGCCGCUACAUCAACAUCCUUCUUUAAUUGAGCGUUGCUGAUCUGGCUGCGACAGCUUCAGGACCAGCUCCCACCUGAGGACACGAGGCUCCACCAGGACAUCAAUAAACUGGUGGCGGCCACAGAAUAUUCUGCGGAUGCUUCCUUGAAUGCCACAAAAUUCGCUUCUCGUGCCCUAGUCUCCACUGUGACAUCUCGCUGCCUCCUCUAGUUACGACAUUGGAGGGCAGAUAUGAAAUCUAAGUGGAAGCUCGUGUCGGCGCCAUACAAGGGAUCCCGCCUUUUUGGGGAGGACCCAAUAUUGAUCAAGGACAAGGAUAAACGCAAAAUCACGCCCUCCUCGUACAGGCGGGCUGAUCGCUGUUAUUCACCAUAUGCUCCACAGCAGCCCUUUCGGACUGACACCAGACUCAGUGGGUCCUACUCUAACAGGCCUUACUCUCAGUGCUUUGACUGCACCUCUGACUGGUCUGCCUUUAGAGACCGUGGCAGACGCCAGCCUCCAGCCAAGCGGCUCUUUAGAGGGACUGGCAAUCAGCCCUUCCAAUGCGGUAAGUGACUGCCAACCUGCCUUUCCCAUUGGUGGCCGUCUCCAUCAUUUCAGACGCCAGUGGGAAUUGUCAACGACAGAUGCCUGGGUUCUCCAAACGGUGGGCUGGGCCUCACCUUAGAAUUCUGCUCCAGCCCCCCCCAACUGCUUCAUCCAAUGCCCAGUAUUGUCCAACCCGAACAAAAGAUGAUUGAUGGAGGCAGAGAUACAACAUCUCCUAGAAAUCUGUGCUAUAGAGCCAGUUCCCACUCAACAUCGUGGGACCAGUUUCUAUUCAAUCUUUUUCCUUGUGCCCAAAAAUUCCGGAGGCUGAAGAGGGAUCUUGGACCUCAAAAAAUUGAACAAAUUUAUUGUAUAUCACCAAUUCAAAAUGCAAUCCCUCAAGUUGAUCUUGGGUUGCAUACGAGAGGUGGACUUAAUGACUUCAAUAGACCUCAAAGAGGCCUAUCUUUAUGUCUCAAUUCGGUCAUCCCAGCGAAGGUUCCUGCAUUUCGCAUACGCCAAUCAGCAAUUUCAAUAUCGGGCCAUGCCCUUCGGCCUGUCAUCGCCUGCACGACCUUCACAAAACUCCUGGCAACCAUGGCUGCCUAUCUCAGGCAAAUUCCCAUCAGAGUCCUUUGCUAUUUGGACGACAUCCUAAUUCUGUCGUCCUCACAUACUCAGGCUACGCGAGACCUGCUGAUGGUGUGUCAAUGCCUCCAACAGUACGGCUUUUCCCUGAACCUGGAGAAAAGCCAUCUGCAACCCACUACUCGUAUUCUUCAUCUGAGAGCCACGAUAGAUUCCGAGAAGGGUCAGGUCUUCCUGUCUCAGGAUCAGUGACUCAGCAUAACGUCCUUGAUAUCUCAGACUCUCUCCCUCAGGUUGGUGCCUCUGUUUCUCCUAUCUCGCUUGCUCGGGAAAAUGAUCUCAUGCAUCUCAAUAGUUCCGUGGGCUCGAUUCCAUGCCUGACCAUUGCAAUGGUACCUGCUCCCAUACCAGAAGUCCCAUCGCAGCAAUUCCAGGGACCAGGUACAGCUCCCGGCAGAGGUUCGCCUGUCCUUCCGCUGGUGGACCUCGGAGGCCCUAUGGAAGGGAUGCAUUUUCCAGGAACCACAACAUCUCACCAUUACAACGGAUGCGAGCUUGUUGGGUUGGGGCACCCACCUGCUCUCCCAUGUUGCUCAGGGUCGCUGGUCUCUUGUGGAUCGCCAGAACGAUAUCAACUGGCUGGAGCUGCGGGUAGUCCAUCUUGCCCUGUGCCACUUCCACUCCGCCGUGGCAGGCCACCAUGUGCUAAUCCUGACAGACAAUGUGACCAUGAAAGCACAUGUGAACCGCGAGGGGGGCACUUGGUCCAAAUUACUCAUGGAUGAAUCAAAGAGGCUACUGACCUGGGCAGAGAGUCACAUCCUCUCUCUCACGGCUCAACACAUCUCCGGGAUGACCAAUGUCCAAGCCGAUUGGUUGAGCAGAAUGCAAAUAGAUCACUCGGAAUGGUGUCUUCAUCCAGACCUCUUCUGCGAACUGUCUCACCACUUCAGACAUCCGAUCCUCGACCUCUUUGUGCAUCCAAAGAACACUCAGCUGCCUUGAUUUUUUUCCCGUCACCCAUGCCCACACAUAGAAGGGGUCGAAGCUCUCUGCAGCCCCUGGCCUUUGGGGCUACUCUAUGCCUUCCCGCCUCUUCCACUCAUCCCGAGGCUGAUUCAUAAGAUCUUAGCAGAGAAGGCAGACAUCCUGCUAGUCGCCUCAAUUGGCCGCAGUGAGCCUAGUAUGUGGAUCUUAAACCUGUCUGUCGCCCACCCCUGGAGGAUUCCAGGGGACAUGAUCUCUCUCAGCAAGGGGAUCAUGCUGUAUCCAGAGCCUUAAUGGCUUCAGUUGACCGUCUGGCACUUGAGAGGAUCCUCCUGAUGAAGGACAAUAUCUUGGGGUGGGUGAUUUCCACGAUUCAAGCCUCCAGGCGUGCCUUUACGUGUUGGAUCUAUAACACCACCUGGAGGUCCUUCUGGGUCUGAUGUUCUAGAGUGCACUUUGAUCCUACUUCGGCCUCUGUGUCUGAGGUGCUAGAAUUCCUUCAAGAUGGUUUGGACAAGCCCUGAGCACGCUCCGCAGGCAAGUCAUGGCCUUGAACACUGUCUUGUCUGCUGACAACGAUUGUCCUCUCUCCCAUGACUUGAAGAUUUGGGGUUUCCUGAAAGGAGCAGCCAACCUACAUUCCCCGGUUGUUCAUUACAACAUCAACCGAAGGACCUGGGCCUUCGGUUGAUGUUGUGCAAUGCCAGGUCCAUGGUAAAUAAAGCCCCCCUCAUUUGUGAUCUGGUUCAAGAGGGGUGUGUGGACCUGGUGGGUAUUACGGAGACCUGGUUGGGCCAGGAGUGGGGGGUUCCCCUCGUUGAGAUGUGCCCACCAGGUUUCUAUGCAUUCCAUCGGCCGAGGUCCCAGGGGAGGGGAGGGGUGGUGGCGGUUCUUGUAAAGGAAGGACUUGCUCCAAGGGAGGCCACUGUACUUCAGAUAGCCGGAUGUGAGUCCCUCCUUGUGAAGUGGGGUCAUGGGAGGCAGAUGGGCUUGCUGAUCACAUAUCUGGCUCCCUGCCACGUGUCGGUGGCCCUGCCCGAGCUGCUCAACGUGAUUGCCGAGGUGGCGGUGGGGACCCCCAGGCUUAUGGUCAUGGGAGACUUCAAAUUGCCAUCUGUCGGUGAAGCGUCUGAGGCAGCCCAGGAGUUCAUGGCUUCCAUGACGGCCAUGGACCUGACCCAAUUAAUUCAUGGACCCACUCACACUGGAGGACACACUCUGGACUUGAUUUUUGUCCCUGGUCAGUGGACGAAUGAUCUUAAAUAGGGGAGAUAGCGAC